AUGUACAAGUCUCUCGUCUCCACCAUCACUGCCAUCGCGGCUCUUGCUGCUACCGCCACUGCCCACGGCUCCCUCACCGGUGUCAGCCUCAAUGGCGUCUACGAGCAGGGCUUUCUUCUCGAAUACUACUAUGCCAUGCAGCAAGGCGGCAAGGUCCCUGAGCACCUUGGCUGGUAUGCCGAGAACCUCGACAACGGCUUCGUAGAACCAUCCAAGUUCGGCACUGGCGACAUCAUCUGCCACAAGGCCGGUAGCCCCAAGGGUAGCUCGGACACAAUGGGCAAAAUCCCUGCCGGUGGCAAGAUCGACUUCCACUGGAACACCUGGCCCGCGUCCCACGUUGGUCCUGUCCUCACCUACGCUGCUUCCUACACUGGCGACCUCCAGUCCGUCAAGAAGGAGGAGCUCAAGUGGUUCAAGAUUGAGGGUGUCGGUUACGAGAACGGCGAGUGGGCUGCCGUCAAGAUGAUUGCCAACAACAACACCUGGACCACCACUGUCCCUACAUCCCUUGCCGCUGGCAAGUACGUCUUCCGCCACGAGAUCAUCGCCCUCCACGCUGCUGGCCAGGAGAACGGUGCCCAGAACUACCCCCAGUGCGUCAACAUUGAGGUUACCGGCAGCGGUACCGAGAAGCCCGAGGGUGUUGUUGGCACUAAGCUUUACACCUCCACCGACCCCGGUAUCAAGUUCGACGUCUACCAAGGCAAGCUCGACAGCUACGUUGUCCCCGGUCCUCCCGCCAUGGCCGCUGGCUCUGGCUCUGGCUCUGGCUCUGGCUCUGGCUCUGGCUCUGGCUCCGGCACCGCCCCUGCUCCCACCAAGCCUUCCCCCUCCAGCGCUCCUUCUACUCCCUCCCCAACCCCAUCUGCUUCUGCUGCCCCCGUCACUCCUGAGGCUCAGGAGCCCGCUCCUUCCAGCGGUAACCUCCCCGAGACCUUCACCCUCGAGACCUUCAUCACCUGGCUCGAGGGCAAGGCCAGCAGCUCUGCUAGCAAGGCCCGCCGCCACGCUCGUGCUUUCUUGUAA